AUUGUGACAUCAUCACAGGUCCUAUACCUCCAGCAUCCAGCAGAUACAGAGCAGGUCCUCACUGCUGUUGUGUUGUGAGGAGAUCUCUGCUCCUAGGACUGUAUAGAAGGACACAAGGACCUGUACCAGAACAUAGUCAUGAUGGAGGAUCACCGGCCCCUCACAUCACAAGAUGGAGUCAUUGAUAGAAAUCCACCCGAGAGGUGUCCCCGCCCUCUGUAUUCCCAGGACUGUCCAGAGGGAAAUGUCCCAGAGAAGCAUCAGGGGGAAAACCUGAUGGAUAUUAAGGUUGAAAUUAUAGAUGAAGAAGAAGAGGAGACGGAUUUGGGGGCCGAUCAGCAGUAUGGAGUCAUUGAUAGAAAUCCACCCGAGAGGUGUCCCCGUCCUCUGUAUUCCCAGGACUGUCCAGAGGGAAAUGUCCCAGAGAAGCAUCAGGAUGAUUACCUGACUAUUAUUAAAGUGGAGGAUGAAGCAGAAGAAGAGAGGAUGAGGAGCAAUCACCUGUGUAUGAGGGAAGUGAAGGAGGAAAUUCCAGGAGGUGUUACCCCAGGAAAUCCCAGUAAGAAUUCUGAGGGAAACUUCAUGUUAUCCCUGAAUUAUAAAGGAGAAGAUGAAGAGAUCAUGGAGCGCUCCUCAGGAGAAGAUGGAGAGAUCAUGGAGCGUUCCUCAGAAGAAGAUGGAGAGAUCAUGGAGCGUUCCUCAGAAGAAGACCUUCUUACCUCUAAUGUCCAUCCAGAUCAAUCAUAUAAUAGUCUCCCUGAUCACGGGGAACCUUCUCCUGACCAACCACAUGUUACCUCAAGGACAGAUCAGAAAGUAGAUAAAAAGUUUCAAUGUGAUGAAUGCGGAAAACAGUUUACAGCAAGCUCAAGUCUUCUUACACACAGAAGAAUUCACACGGGAGAGAAACCUUAUUCUUGUUCAGAAUGUGGGAAAUGUUUUGCAAGUAAAUCAAAUCUUGUUACACAUGAAAGAAGUCACACAGGAGAAAAGCCAUAUUCAUGUUCAGAAUGUGGAAAAUGCUUUACAGGCAAAUCAAAUCUUGUUACACAUAAGAAAAUUCACUCAGGAGAGAAGCCGUAUUCAUGUUCAGAAUGUGGGAAAUAUUUUGCUAAGAAAUCAACUCUGGUUACACAUCAAAGAAUUCACACAGGAAAGAAACCGUUUUCAUGUUCAGAAUGUGGGAAAUGUUUUUUACAUAAAUCACAUCUUGUUACACAUGAGAGAACUCACAUAGGAGAGAAGCCAUAUUCAUGUUCAGAAUGCGGGAAAUGUUAUACAAACAAAAGAAAUCUUGCAACACACGAGAGAAGUCACACAGGAGAAAAGCCAUAUUCCUGUUCAGAGUGUGGCAAAUGUUUUAUUACUAAAAUUACGCUAAGGGAUCAUCAGAAAAUUCACACAGGAGAGAAGCCACAUUCCUGUUCAGAAUGUGGGAAAUGUUUCAUCACUAAAGAAAAACUGAAAAACCAUCAGAGAAGUCAUACAGGAGAAAAGCCAUAUUCGUGUUCAGAAUGUGGGAAGUGUUUCAUCAAUAAAGGCAAACUAAGGAAUCAUCAGAGAAUUCACACAGGAGAGAAGCCACAUUCCUGUUUAGAAUGUGGGAAAUGUUUCAUUACCAAAGACAAACUAAAGAACCAUCAGAGAAGUCACACGGGAGAGAAGCCAUAUUCAUGUUCGGAAUGUGGGAAAUGUUUCAUUACAAAAGAAAAACUAAGGAAUCAUCAGAGAAGUCACACAGGAGAGAAUACAUUUUGAUGUUUUGGUUGUAAAAAUAACAACAACUGUUGAAACUCAAAUGAAAACAAAAAACUUUGAAAUGUGAAAAAUGCUAAAAUAAAAAGGAAAAAAUAUAUUCUAAACAUAUAUGGUUCUUCAGACAUUACACAGACGAGAGGGUUUAAAGGCAUUGUCCAGCAAAAGAAACAACCUGAGUAUGGUUUUGAAAAUAAUAAUAAAGCUACUUACUAAUUAUAAUGUUAUUAGCAGUAGGGCAGGGAUCUCUCCAUAUCUGCUGACCUGUCUGGUGUGUAGCUGUGAUGUCCUCUCAGCUCCCUCGUCUGCAGAGGACCAGACCAUUGAUGUGCAGAGGUGGAGCUCAUAUUACUGCUUAUUAGACUGUUAGGCAGCAGGAAACCUAUGUCGGAUAAGGCAGCAGUGAGCCUGUUCUGAUGGAAACUACUGAGACUC